GAGCCCGUCGCGCUCCGGGGGCGGCGGUGCGCGGAGGACGGGCCAGGGUCGGCCGCUUGGGGCCGGUCUGUCAGCGAGGCCUUGCGGCGGAGGGCCGGCUGCACGUCGCCGGGGUCACUUUCCCCAGCCUCACGCCGUGGAGACCCGUGGGGCGGUCCUCUGUGCGGCAGAAAGGAAGCCUGCGUUCCGAGCGCGCACAGGCGGCCGCCUCCCGAGGGCAGAGCUGAGGCGCUAGGCGGCGGGCAGGCGCUGCCAGCUAGGCUCUGAGGCGGCCGCGUUUCCUACAGCGAAGCUCAAAGGGACUGUGUUCCCGGCCCACUCUACACGGGAGAAAAGCUACUUUCUUAUAACGAUUCCUUCCCCUUUUCCAUCUGCCCAGGUACAGAGAAAAGAAUAUAAUCGAAUUUUUCCUACUCCCCAGACUCAAAUCGGACUGUCCAGGUACCGCGCUACAAUGAAAGUGAAUGCGUGCACCCGAGAAGACCUGCGCCUAAGGGAUGUGGGAACUCGGGGAGCUGUGUCGUGCUUGUUUCUCACACGGUCCUCCCACCGGGCCCGUGCAGGCGCCGGCGCGGCGCUUUGACGUUGGCGCGGGUACUGCCAGGCCUAGUUCCCGCCCACCCCGUGCCGGUGCCCUGCUCCGGCUCUCCGGGCUGAAGCAGAGGGGCGGGUCCGGAAUAUGCAUGCGCGGCGGCGGCGCCGAGCGGCGCGAGAGACGUUCCAACGGGAUUGGGCGGCCGAGACUUACACCAGCCAAUCGAAGGAGCAGGCGGAAGGGGCUGUGUGACCGGGAGACACUCAAGAGUUGUCCCUGCCCUCCACCGUCGUCCUAUCUUGCGGCCGCUGAUGAGAAAGGUACUUCCGAGUGGCGCUGGUCCAAGCUGCGAAGUCCGGCGGGAAGACUUAAAACCUUCAGCCCUAUAACCAGAGCUACUUCCUCUGUUUCAUCAUCACCAACAUGAACUUAGAGCAGAGUCUGUGAAACCGGGCAGAGCCGCACCUGAGACUGAGGAGGAAACCGACUCUCACAGAAAGAGGGGGAUAAUUACAGAGUGAAGCUAAAAUUCCUUAAGCACCAUUCAAAAUAUCCCUUGUGGCGUCCCUUGUGGCUCAGCUGGUGAAGAAUCCAACUACAAUGCCGGAGACGUGGGUUCAAUCCCUGGCUUGGGAAGAUUCCCCUGGAGAAAGAAAAGGUUACCCACUUCAGUAUUCUGGUCUGGAGAAUUCCAUGGACUGUAUAGUCCAUGGGGUCGCGAAGAGUCACACAGGACUGAAGCGACAUACACUUCAAAAUAUCCUGGAGUCAGGAAAAGAUUUACCAUUUUGAAGGUGAAUAGAUGACUCAAAGGGCUUCCCUGAUAGCUCAGUUGGUAAAGAAUCUGCCUGCAAUGCAGAAGACCCCUGGUUCCAUUCCUGUGUGGGGAAGGUGCCCUGGCAAAGGAAUACGCUACCCACUCCAGAGUUCUUGGGCUUCCCUUAUGGCUCAGCUGGUAAAGAAUCCGCCUGCAUUGUGGGAGACCUGGGUUGGAUCCCUGGCUUGGGAAGAAACCCUGGAGAAUGGAAAGGCUACCUACUACAGUAUUCUGGCCUGGCGAAUUCCAUGGACUGUAUAGUCCAUGGGGUCGCAAAGAGUGGGACAGAACUGAGCGACUUUCACUUUCACGUAGAUGAAUCAAAAUUAAAUGGCUGAUAAUUUUGGUUGGUUGUGAAACAGAUUUUUCUCUUCAGUCUCUGCGUCCUGUCCUCAAUUCUUUUUGGCCCUGUGGACUACAGCAUAUCGGGCUUCCCUGUCCUUCACUGUCUCAGGGAGUUUGCUCAAAUUCGUGUCCUGUUGAGUUUGUGAAGCUGCCUAAUGACGUCAUGCUCUGCUGCCCUCUUCUCUUGCCUUCAGUCUUUCACCGCAUCAGAGUCUUUUCCACUGAGUCUGCUCUUCCAUCAAGUAGUCAAAGUGUGAAACUAAUAUGUUGUCCCAAUCAGAAUUCGUCACUGGCUAAAUAUUAGGCCUUACACAUAUGGUUUCAUAUGCAGUGUAUACAAUAAGAAUUUACCAUUGUUUUUAACCUGGAAGAAUUCUUUUUAAAAAAAAUUACAUUUUUACAAAUGUAAAAGUUAAAUUAUGUUUGUACAGUCCAUGCCAGGUUUCUUGUAAAAGAUGCCAGAUUCCAGAUUUAUCUGCCUGUAUCCUUAUGUUUUACUUGUUAUAAUAACUUUAUUAAAAUU